GGAGGGCGGGGAGGGUUUGGCGCCUGGGCUGCGGCGCCCGCCCCCCCGCGGCGCUGAUUGGUCACCCGGGGGUGGGAGCGGGGGGAAGGAUGGCGUCGGUCACUCCGCCCGCAGCAUUUUCCUCAUGCGCAGAGUGAUCCCUAAUCCCGCCCUCGAACCCCAGAAGGGAUAGUGCUGCCGCCCAGCGCCGCUCCGGUUGCUGGGCUGCUGGGCUGUGACGGGGAGCGGGCGCUGUGAGCGUCUCCAUCCUCUCCAAGAGGCGGAGACCCACGAGACACGACACCACCUGCAGAUGUCUGCAGGGAGCAAAGAUUCUAGCCCUGGGAGAUAUAUUGUGGGACCUGAAACCGUGGACUGCGCCUCCAGCACUGCCCGGGAUGCAAGAAGCUCCAUGGACUGUGAGAACGAUGGUCAUCUGUGGCUCCAAGCCUGCCCGGAGAACAGCUUCCCCGGCAGCUGGGACAGUGAGGGCAGCUCUGGGGACUGCAGCUCACCUGUGGUGAUGCCUUCAGCAUCCCAGAGCCCAGGCAUUUCCUCGGCAGGAAUCAUUAACUCUGCUUCACCAGUGUUAUUUGUAAGGCCUGCUUGUGAGGAGCAUACUCAUCUCCUGGCCAAGGGCUUUGGCCCGGCAAGUGCCUGUACUGAUCAGGGCCAGCCACCUCUGGAGCAGCCUGACUGCAUUUUUUCACCACAGCACUUAGUCUUGCUUUCCUCUGGACCGUCUCGCAGUUUGCUUAUAGAACACCAAGGACACCGACUGCUUUCCCUGGUAUCUGCUUUCCGAGUGUGGAGGAGAAUGGAACAGCCUGAGUUACAGCCAGCCAGGCUGAUGGUGGAGAAAGUAGUCAGGAAAAUAGCAGAAAGGUGUAGAGCUGAAACAGACCUUGGGCUAGAGGUCUUCUGCCUUAUAGUGGAUGAGAAGAAUUUCCUCAAGACAGCUACUUCUAUGAAGUGAAAUAUGCUGCUAUUUCAAGCCUGUUUUGAUGCUUGGGCUCUUGAGCCUCUUGGAUGUUGAUUGUUAGAGCAAUGUUUUCACCUUAGGACAAAACCUUGUUGCUUCAGCUCCAUAAAGAGAAUCUUAGUGAUAUAACCAGAAUUGGACUUCAUGGAGGCAGCAUAACCCAGCAAUGCCAGGAAAGAAAUGCCCAGUCAGAACAUGUGUAUUCACACAUCAGUUGCUGGACUUGCUCUUUGAUCUGAAGCUAUCAUGGUUUGUGACUUAAACCUGCAAGACUGAAAAACCCCUUCCUAGAGUUCUUAAACAGAUGUAUGGUGUGUUUUAUAUUCCAGGACACAAAUGAUUUGUUUACUUAAGAAUACA